AUGUAUGGGCUUAGGUCAAGGUCUUUGAAAUCGUACGAAAAGUUUGAGGAACAAAAAACAUCAUCGUGGAAAAUAAGCGCAUCGGAACUCGAAGGAAAUGAAAUAAAACGUGGAUUACGUCUACAUGAAAUGUUACUCGAAUAUAGUUCAACGUCAACGUUGAUUAUUGUAAUUUUGGCGAUUCCACGAAAAAAUUCAAUUUCAUGUGGUCUGUAUAUGUCAUGUUUAAAAAGUAUCAGACACGAUUUACCACCGCUAGUAUUCUUACGUGGGAAUCAAAGAUUAUGGAAUCUAAUACGUCGUUCACUCAUUUCAAAUCUAUUUCAAGCUGGACAAACAAUGAAAUUAGGCACAUUAUUACGGUUGCCAUUCGACAGUCCAACUCAUGAGCAACAACUGGGAAGACAUUUGCCGAAUGUAUUUAUGGCUGAAUUUCGUAUUCACUGUUGUAGUUAUUCCUAUAUUUAUAUUCAUACACCACUUCGAUGUGGUGAAAUUCGAAAAUGUCAUAAUGUAACAAUUGUAUUUGGUUCGAUUGAAGUUCGAUUGAAACAACAUUGA